ACUUCCUACUAAAAUAAUAUUGACAUUACGAUAUUCAAACUGAUCUUUAAAGUGCCACAUCAAUGUGAAGAUCGAUUUUUAUUUUUUUUCAAAAUUUAUAAUAUAGAAAAUUGAAAAACUAAAUUAAAUUAAAUUAAACUAACUAAUAAAAAUCAAUGAAGUUCCCGCUCAAGAUUCUGGCGCCAGUGGAAGUUGGCCGCAUGCUCUUCUUCAGAGGAACCGCCAUGGCCAUGGAAUCUCUCCGUUAAGCUCGGAGCUCUUCGGGAAUGACUUCUUCCGUCUCGAGGAAUCUCAGCAGACACUUGCAUUUACGCUCUGCCAAAAUGGCGAACCCACCGAAGCAAUCAGCUCAGGAGACUCCCCACAGGGCAUUAGAAGCCAAAUUCAUCACUCUUCUGCAGUCAUGCAAGGUUCCGAAGCAGCUUCACCAAGUACAAGCCCAACUGGUGGUUCAUGGAUUCGAACACAACGAUUACAUCGGCCCGAAGGUCAUCUCCUUGUGCUUUGAAACGAAGGAAAUCGGUUAUGCGCGCAAGGUGUUCGACCAAAUUCCCGACCCGCAUGUCUCUCUCUGGAACGCCAUGUUCAAAGGGUACUGUCGGAAUGAGAUGUACAGUAACGUUGUGGCUUUGUUUGGUUACAUGAAGGGGAUGGAUGUUGUGCCCAAUUGCUUCACAUUCCCUAUAAUUCUGAAAUCUUGUGGGAAGAUUGGCGCUUUGGUGGAAGGCAGAGAAGUUCACUGUUUCGUGAUCAAGGCUGGGUUCAGGGGUAACCCUUUUAUAGGCACUUCAUUGAUAGAUAUGUACUCGGGUGGGGGAGAAAUCAGCUCUGCUUUUAAGGCCUUUAGUGAGCUGCAUGACCGAAAUGUGGUUGCUUGGACUUCAAUGGUCAAUGGGUACAUUUCGUGUGGAGAUAUAGUUUCUGCGAGGAGUUUAUUUGACUUGGCUCCUGGACGGGAUAUUGUGUUGUGGAACACGAUGGUUUCGGGUUAUAUCGAGAUUGGGGACAUGGUGGAAGCAAGAAAGCUUUUUCAUCAGAUGCCCAACAGGGAUGUGAUGUCGUGGAACACAAUGCUGAAUGGGUAUGCAAGUAAUGGGGAUAUCGGUUCUUGUGAGGCAUUGUUUGAGGAGAUGCCUGAAAGGAAUGUCUUUUCUUGGAAUGGUUUGAUUGGGGGCUACUCACGUAGUGGUGACCUCUCAAAGGUUUUAGACUCCUUUAAGAGGAUGUGGAUCGAGGCCAAUGUGAGACCAAAUGAUGCUACACUUGUAACAGUAUUGUCUGCUUGUGCGAAGCUACGAGCUCUUGAUUUGGGCCAGUGGAUCCAUGUUUAUUCAGAUAAUAACGGCUACAGAGGAAAUGUAUAUGUUGGUAAUGCUCUUAUGGACAUGUAUGCAAAAUGUGGGAUCGUGGCGAAUGCCGUUGAUGUGUUCAUGAGGAUGGAGAGAAAGGAUCUGAUUUCUUGGAACACCAUUAUAAAUUGCUUGGCAGUUCACAGUCGUGGAUCAGAAGCAUUAAGUAUGUUUCAGCAGAUGAAGCAUACUGAUGUAAACCCUGAUGGAAUCACAUUUGUGGGUGUCUUAUGUGCUUGCACGCAUAUGGGAUUGGUUACUGAUGGUUUUUCUUAUUUUCAAUCAAUGAUUGAUGAUUACUUAAUAGAACCCAAGAUCGAGCAUUAUGGGUGUAUGGUCGAUCUGCUAGGGCGAGCUGGUCUUUUAGCCCAGGCUGUUGAUUUUGUGGGUAAGAUGCCUAUAAAAGCCGAUGCUGUAAUUUGGACUGCCCUGUUAGGAGCAUGUAAGAUUUACAAGAAUGUAGAAGUAGCUGAACUUGCUCUUGAGCGGCUUAUCGAAAUUGAACCAGAAAACCCUUCAAACUAUGUCAUGUUAUCCAAUAUAUAUGGGGAUCUUGGGAGAUGGAAGGACAUGGCAAGGCUGAAGCUUGCGGUGAAGGAAACUGGGUUCAGGAAACCGCCAGGAUGUAGCUCGAUUGAGCUCGCGGAUGGUGUUGUCGAGUUCUUUUCCUUAGAUGAGAGACAUCCCGAUAAAGAUACUAUAUAUGAUGUGUUGAAGGGACUGGUUAAGUUGUUAAAAUCAUCUGGGUAUGUCCCUGACCUGAUGGAACUUGAAAGUGGAACUUGAAAGUGGAACUUGAACGAGAUUCUCAGAGUCCAGUAACUCAAUCUGAGGAUGCAUAUGUUCCCUUCGAAAUCAUCGAUAGCGAUAGAAGCUUUGACUGAGCAAGCAUCAGAUAGCCUCCAAACAAUGAGAGAUAAGCAGCUCAGUGUUUCAACUCGUCCUUGAACCAUUAGCUCCCAAUUUAGAUGUCCAGUAAACAUCAGGUAAAGCUUCAAUGGGUCUCAUGCCCUCUUCUCUGUGAUCUUUUUCUUUAAUUAUUUCCUAUCUUAGCUUCUUCUGGAAGACUUCUUAUCCUUUCACGUCUAGAGGGAAGUUUAAAUGUCUGCAUCAAAUAAUUUACUGGCGUGAGAUCUUAUAGGCGCGGAGCCACCAACAGAAUCGCCUACCUCUGGUUGCCCUUGAAUGCAGAUUGCAGUUGCCAAACUGAUUCUAAUUUUUGAAGUGGAAGUUUGGUAUUCUUUCUCUUUUGAUUUUAAAUAGUUUUGUGCAGUCACAACAACUGGCUCAAAAAAUUGAUCGUGGACAUAAACUAUUAGCCCGCAGGGAUGGAUUUGGGGUUGUUUGGGGUGGGGGUGAUUGUGUCCCCUUGGAAUCGGGAAAGUCAUAAAAUUGUUCAUGUGUUAUAUCGAAUUUGUCGUCCCCCGGCUUUACAAUGUCCCCUCCCCCCGGGGGCCGAACUCCUAGAUCCAUCCCUGUUAGCCGGUAGGGUCAUGUAAAGAUCACAUGAACUUACUUCUGCCUGCGAGCGAGGAUCGAGCAGUUGGAUCAAGUUUCUCAGUUGUGUUCUGACUUAUAUUUGGCUCAGUAUUUAUUUGUAAAGGCAAUCUGUACUAAUCCUACCUAGGGAUAUGGUACCUGAGACCCUAUCACUUUCGACACUUUCGAAUGGAGCCUCCUUUGUUUUGCAGAGGAUAGGCCCCAAACCUAAGGUGGGUCCUAACUCACCGUACUCUCAUGGACAAUAAAAAAUUUCUUUGAAUGAAAAGGAAUGUCAACAGCUCUGUCUUUAAAAAAAAAAAAAAAGUCAACUUCUGGGAAAAGUCUCUUCUUUCUCUUCCUCUUUUCUGUUUGGACAGGACAUUCAUGUCUUUGAAUUGAGGUGCCUUGAGUCUCGCUCUCUGUAUUGUUUGCUCCAUGAAAUCUGGAUUCUGCUCUGAUCAAAAGCUCAUAUGAGAGAACCUGGCAUGGAUUAUGUUGGAGCUAUGGUGAAAGAUAUGCGACAAAACACAAUAAUACAUGGCAUUUAUCCUGUGAUUCGGAAUGAUUCGGUUUUCAUCUCCCCGAAACCAAGUAUGAUAGAAAUUAUUGGCCCUAAUCUUCCUGAUAAAUAUGCUAUGUUUACUCUGUUCUAUAUCGUUCAUAGAAAGGCUAUAUAAAGGUUAGUCUCCCCUCUCUCUGCCUGUCAAUCCCAGAACACAAAUUUCCAGGAAUAACUCGCUGGUUUCCCUUUCUCAAUUCGAUUUGAUUGGAUUCUGCAAUGUGGUUUCCAUAUUAGUACACAUAUUAUAUAUUGAAAUGAUUUGAAAUCCGUGAAUGAAAAAUUCUUUCGACCCUUUCUUUUCUGUCAGAUUAGCCAUCAAACACAGCAUUCGAAUAUUUAAGUACUAGCGAGCAGCCGGCCUUUGAAUUCUUUUAAAGGAAAUAGUACAGUGGUUAGGGUGCAAGGCAUCAUAACCUUCAAGUUCUACUGAAAAGGAAUGCCAACGGCUUUAACUACCAAGUUCUUUAUUAUUAUUAUUAUUAUUAUUAUUAUUCCAGUGAGAUAAGUAACAUGUCCUUCCUUUCAUACGCAUUACUUGGGUCUUGGGUCUGGGCCAGAGCGAGGGUGGCAUGAGGAGGAGUUUUAAUGGAUGCUGCAAGCUUCACUGCCUCGAGUAGCGGAAGUGGUGCCGGUAGCAGGACGAUGGAGAGGAACGACUAUCCCCUCGAUGAGCAGUAUCAUAGCAAAUGGGCUAUCGAUCAAUUCGUGAACUCAUCCAACAUCGGCUCACGCUUAUCUAGCAUAAGGUCGACGACUACAAGCCUGCAUGUAUUCAGCGGCAACCGCACUGCGCCAUGGGUUAUGCGGUCAGAACGAGAUAUGCAGAUUCCCUGCAGCCAUGAAGACUGAGCACUUUUGAUCAAUCGAUCAAUUGGAGCUACCACAGUAUGAUGCCAGCACAGUGAACUCAUCCAACAUCGGCUCACGCUUAUCUUGCAUAAGGCCGACGACUACAAGCCUGCAUGUAUUCGGUGGCAACCGCAGUGUGCCGUGGGAUUAUGUGCCCAGAACCAGUUAUGCAGGUUCCCGGCAGCCAUCAAGACAGAGCACUUUUGAUCGAUCGGGUCAAUUGGAGCGACCACAUUCUGAUGCCAGCACAGUAAACUCAUCCAGCAUCGGCUCACGCUCAUCUAGCAUAAGGUCGAGGACUACUAGCCUGCAUGUAUUCGGCGGCAACCGCACCGCACAUUAUGCACCCACAGCCAGUUAUGCUGGCUUCCGGCAGCAAUCAAGACAGAGCACUUUCGAUCAAUCGAAGACCUAUAGCCUUGGCAAUUAUAGUUCUUCAGGUUUCCAACCAUCGAGAACAAGCACUUCAAGUCAGUCGGGGACCUGUAGCCACUGCAAUUGCAGUUUCCAUGAUGAAUCAAAAUCGAACAGUUCCCCUGACACUAUCGGAUGCGGGUGCCUCCGUUCCAUUUCUUCUCCAUUUCGCAGUAUGAAAUGGGUCAUAGGAGCAUGUCUAGCCUGACACAACAUCAAUCAAGUGGAGAAGAAUGGAGCAUCCCGAUUCCUGAUGGUUCAUCUUCUUUCUUUUCGUUGGUUCAUUAUUUACUGUAAAAUAAUAUUCUGCAAAACUAUUUCCGGCAAAAAAAAGAGUAAGAGGAUGUUACUGGAAAUCUUGGUUUAAUAAAUAAAUUUCCAUGGAACAGAGAUACUGUGCA